UUUACUCACCUUCUUGUUAUUUUAAACCUUUUAUGACUAUUUAUUUCGCAAAACACAAAAGAAGAUAUUUUGAAAACUGUUGGUCCCCAUUGACUUCCACUGUGUGGACACAAAACCAAUGCAAGUCAGUGGCGACCAACUGUUUUCUCGUACGGACAUUCUUCAGAAUAUAUUAUUUUGUGUUCUGCAGAAGAAAGCAAGCCUCGCAGGUUUGAGUUGUCAAGAGGGUGAGAAUGAUAGAAUUUUCGUUUUGGGUGAACUAUCCCUUUAAAUUACACAGAUCUCAAGAGGUCUGAAGAAAAUCUUGCCAUCUUGUAAGUGCCAAAGCAAAGCUCUUGUCCAGGAAGUGUAACACUUCCUGAAGUUCAGAUUUCAGCUUUGACCACUCAUCUGUUCUGAGGCUUUGACCUAUUAUAAAAAAAAUAUUUACCUACACGCUUUCUGGAAAGGUGCAGACUCCAAAUUCUGGUAGAAUAAUUCAUGUCCGUAUAAAAGACAUUGCGUUCUUGUUUGAAAGAACUGGUAUUUUGUUCUUGUUGAUAGUGCUUUGAAUUAGAUCAUAUACAGUAACCAAUUCAUUCAACCCACAUCCUUCAUUUUAGGUGCUAUUUUAUUAUUUGAAUGCAGACUGCAGACAGUUGCUAUUACGAACGACUUGCCUUUAAACGUGGGUUUUACCACUGUGCAUUUUAAGAAGAAUUAGAGAUGUCCUCUGUUCUUCCUGCGGUUUACGUGAUGUUUACUAAGAUAAGCGUCAUCCUUAUCUUUAAAGAGCACUGAAAAUUACAAGCACACUUUCCAAGGGAAAGGGGGGUAAAAAAAUCGUGUUAUGGGAUGUCCCUAUGCAUUCGUUUUUUUACCCACAGGUUCUGAAGUAAAAAUGUAUCCACAAACCCCAGAGGCAAACCAAAUUAGCACUGCACGAAUCAUCAUCUGUUCCGUCAUUUCUUUCGUGAAAAAUGGUUAAAGACGGCAUACAAUAUCGACCAACCAGUUUUGACGGGCAUAAACCGUGCAGAUGUGUUUGUUUCAUCUGUGCGUCUGUAGCACGAAGCAGCUGUUAAACCUGCGAGUGUGUGUGUGCGUGCGCAUCGGUCCAGUAAACUGCAAUUCACUGUGUUGAUGCAUGUUCUCAACUGCAGUUCUCGAAAACAGACAGGGGAGAGACGUGAGCCGUUUUGACUCUGUCCCCUGUCAACUUUCUCUGAGCUAUUUAUGACUAUACUGUACAGAGAGAGGUGAAAAGAAAAAAUAAUUUUGCAUCUUCUGUAAUGUUCAAAACUGUAGUCUUCACGUUUUAUGGCACUCCUGCAUGAAAGCAAUAAAAAAGUUUUAAAACGAGUGAGAUUUCCAUUUUUAAUUUAUGUUGUCGUUUUGUGACAACAUGCCCCGGUGUUGUCAUACCACAUGGGGCAUGUUGUCCCAGUAGAAUCUACCAUUAAACAGAUUUACAAGAUUAAACAUUGUACAAUGAGUGUGUACAGUACAUUGCGUAACAGAAAUGAUCAGAUCAGAAUCUGCUAGAGUUACAGUUCCCACAUAUUGCCAGAUCUUAAGUAAAUAAAACCUGCAGAGGAAGUCCUGACGAGUUUAUAAAGUUGUGGUACGUGCUUAUUCUAGAUUUAUGUAUUCAUUAAACAUGCGUAUUGUAAAACUGCAACUGCACGCUUAUAUACACAUAUUUUUUUUCUCUGAGACCAGCAACAAAUAGGCUACUUCUAUGCAUCGUUCAUUUGCAAGACUAUGCUUGGUUUGCAUUAAAGGGUGGAAUUGUCGAUGUUAUUUACUUAAUCUUACACCUGCAGCUCGAACAGGAUGUUGUUCCGGACAAGUUGGAUUGUUUUAGUUGCUGCUUAGCCAUUCGACCACGUACACAUGGGCAGUUAACUGAUGCGGAUAUAGCGCAACCAGAACAAUAACGCAACAAUAUGUAGAUUUUGCGCACCGUGAGAGAAGCAAAUGAUUCACUUUUAACUUGGAAGAAAGCGCUGGGUUAGGAAAAUGGGAGACUUGGCCAAAUAUUUUCGCGUGUUGUGUUUUCCUCUCUUUGUUUUGAUGUCUUCACCUGGAUGUUUAAGCCAGUCCGUCGCAGGUGAUGUGGCUUUUCUAAACGCGCCUGACGCGCCGGUCUCCAGGUGGCUUUUGCGCGUUCUCUACACCUGUGCUGAGUCGUCCGUCGUGCACGUACAGGUUCUGGUUUCUUUCGAUACUGGAUCCACCGUAAUCCUUUUUGACAAAUACUGGACCUGCGAGCCCGGGCUAACCAGAUCCCGAGUGGUGACAGUGCGUUUCCCCGACUGGCUUGUUUACCGGCCCGAUUGGAUAAUACGCGGUUCCGAUUGGGUGCUCAGCUGUUUGUUGCGCGCCUGGAUCGGCUCUGACGAAUCCCCAGAACCGGACAGGUUUUCUCUGGCUAGUGUGGCCGUACCCCUCGAUGUUCAGCUACCACUCAGUCGACCCGUUAAGAAUCACCUGAUUUGUGCCAGCUGGGGCGCAGCAUUGCGCAGGCGAGUCCGUGGAGACGAUUCGCCACAGUGCGCAAAAGAAAAUGAGGUGGCCACUUUUCUUUCCACAUUGUAUGCAUCUACUGGGGAGAAUUACGGGAUCAUCAAAACCCUCAAGCCACUCAAAAACAAACUGUUAGAAGGAUUGAGAAUAAAAUCCAUCUACUCUCCCUGGUGUGCCUUUUCACUCUGGGUUUUGCUGGUUAAACCCUGCAGUAACCAUCUGUGUGGCCUUCUGCACCACAUUGAUGCUGAAAAUGAUUACGCCACCCCAGCCAUGUUCCUCACUAAUACUGGCCAGAUUCACGUGCAGUUGGUCAGAGAUUCUGGACAACCAUCAGCGUUUCUUUCUCCGUUCAAGGUUCCUCUCGGUCAGUGGUGUCGUAUCAGCCUGGAGAUUCUUGGAAGAUUGACAAAGCUUUCAAUUGCAUGCACUGAUGGACAGCAGCAAUUUAUUAAGACCGCUGAACACGUGUUUGGCAUUAACCCCAUGCUGGAUGACACGCAUGGCUACUUUGUUAUUGGUGGAGGCAAAUUCACAAGGGGCAUUGAAGGAUAUUACGGACCGACUAAAUUCUUUCGCACAAAGGGGCUCCCAGCUGACCCUGCUGAGAUUCAACUUCCUGAUAUAACUGCGAAAGUGAAUAUAACUGGAUGGUUGCAAUCUUGUCAGAAGUUUAAAUCGGAGCUUUUCUUCCAUGCACAAUCUACUGUCAAGAGGCUGUCUGGCAGCUGUUUGGACGCAUACACAGAGCUGGUACUAAAUCACGGUACAGAGAUCACAACUGAACAAUGCACUUUCUUCGAAUCGCCAACAAAUCGUUACAGGCGUCAAGUGGCGCGGUUGACUAAGAUUCUGUCACAAAAACACGGUGACGUGUUGUCCUCUACGCUAGGACGGGUGCUGUAUUCUCUAGUCUUGCGUAAACUGAAAUCCGCUGAUGGCCUCGAGGUAAUAAAGAGACUGAUGCCUUUUCUACUGCAGUCUGGAUGUUUAGGGGACCACAGGGCACUGCAUCUCUCCUCUGUGCUUUAUAGCAGUGGGUUUGGAGUUAAGAAGCAGCCAUACAAGGCUUGGCUGCUGUCCCUGUUGGCGGCUCAGGGCGACUGGAGAUUGGCCCUGCUGCGUUUAGGACACAUGCAUCGUGUGGGCGACCUAGACGUGACCCCUGACCAUGACCUGUCCUAUGCGUAUUACAUCAACAUCGCAAGGCAAACCACCACAGAUCAUAAAAAACCCACUCCACAGCAGACAUUUGUUGAGUUAAUACGGUUAAACGAUGAAGAGACCUUGAAGGCCCAAACCAGUGAAAACGACGAUCUGUUUCACUGGCUAAAGCUUCAGGCACGAAGUGGAGUGGCCGAAGCAGAGCAAGCAAUGGGCCGUAUGUUGUUCUGGGGUCAGCGAGGUGUGUCUCCAGACAUUCAGACCGCUGUGAAGCACUAUGAGAGAGGAGCCACCAGACUUCAUGACCCUGUCUCCGCGUACGACUACGCCAUCGUGCUCCUCACGGGACAAGGAGUUGAACAAAACGUGCAAAAGGCUGUGACAUUUCUGAAUAAAGCAAUAGAGCAGGGGUUUGUUCCUGCCAUCACAGCUUUAGGCUGGUAUUACGAGCAGUUUGAAAGAGAUUACGAGAAGGCUGCACAUCUGUGGAAGGAGGCUGAUGCCAAAGGUCACCCUGAUGCUGCUAUGAAUCUAGGAGUACUCUACUCCCAGGGUCUCUACCCCGGACAUCCUCAAGACCAGUUUAAAGCGUAUCAGUGCUACCUGAGGUCAGCUCAGAGAGGUCAUAUGAACGGUGGCAUCGCACUGGCUGAUGUUUGGAUUCAUGGGAUUCAUGGUCAAGUGGCCAGACGUCCAGAAGAUGCUGUUCUGUGGGCUAAAUGGGCGUCUGAACAGAACGGAUAUCUGGGAACAGUCUUAAGAAAAGGACUGAAUGCCCAUCUCAAAGGAGACUGGAUUAUGUCUUUGAUUUAUUAUCUUCAUGCGGCAGAGAGUGGCUUUGAAGGCGCUCAGUUUAAUGUGGCGUACCUCUGUGAACUCAACUCUGGCUCGUUGAACCCAGCACUGGUGACUCAAUGCAUGUUAAGAUACUACAACAUGUCCAUACAGGGUCAAGAUUCAGCUUCUUAUGCGCUGAUCAAGAUGGGAGAUCUGUUGUACGGUGGACAAGCUUCCGGCAGAAGAGAGGUUUCUGGCGCAGCUGAGAUGUACAAACAAGCAGCUCUUAAGAGGGAUCCACAGGGUUGGUAUAAUCUCGGCCUGCUCGUCCAGGAAGACGAGUCUCUGCCGUUCAGUCUUCUUGCUGAACUUAAUUUGCUUCAUCUUUACUUGACAGACAAGCAGAAGCUCCUCACCAACCUGUUUCACAGAUGUAUAGAGACAAACAGUGUUGAAGCAUACCUGCCGUGCACGCUAGCGCUCCUCAACGCACACCUUCCAUCCUUCAAAGUAGAUAAACAUACAGCAGUAAAGCUCAUCGCCACAGUUUCGGCAGCUGUUGGAACUUUGUCUCUUGUUUUUGGACUUUUUAAACGGUGGACAGCGGCCCACCGCCAGCCCUCACAAACAUCUACCCAAGACCAAGAGGAGGAAUCUUAAGACCUUGGAUAAUGUUUAUUUUUUAGACCUAAUAUUUUUGGGGUUUUCCUCCGUACCGAGCACUUUAUGUACAAUUGUAAAGUUUUGUAACAUUUCAAAUUUUAUUACAAUUCAUAUUUUUUAAUUUAUAAUCAGGCAAUGAGACUUUGAAACCAUACAACACAUCCACUCAUUUCAUUCCUCAAAAGUUUUAACUAAAUACUAAAAAAAAGGUUUACCAAGAUAUUUUCUGACUUGUCACUUACGCUUUAAAAAUCACAGCAAGAAAAGUAUUUAUUCUUAAUAAAGUAAUAAUUCUGUUA